UUUCUGACGUUCAUAAUUAAUUUCUGACUUUCAUAAUUAAUUAAUUUAUUGGGCUAGUGCAGUAAAACAAAUCCAGUGUCUAUUUUAUGGCUGGGAUUUGAAAUAUGGAGGAAUUGGAUGAUUAAUUAAGGAAUUUAGUAACAUUUCCUUCUUUGUCCAUUUUUCAUAUUAAUUGGGACCAAUGGAUAAUUAUGAAAUUAAUUGGUACCAUAUUAAUUGUAUUCAUAUUCUUUCUUCAUAUGGCAAUGCCUCAAAGUCAUACUUCCCACAGUAGUGGCCCAUCAAACUCGUGGAGUAAACUGCCUUAACCGAUGGCCUGUCUGCUGGAGACAUCGAGAAAGCAUUGAACUUUUAUUAUUCAGAUGCCCCCUAGCCAUCAGAUUGUGGACUUUAGUGGGAUUGAGCAACUUUAUUGAGACCGCCCAGACUGUUAACUUUAGUCUAUGGUGGCGACAUGUCAUGGUCUCCGAGACCUCCCAAUUCCACAUUCUCCAAUGCGUCUAUUUACUUUGGAGAAUCUGGAAGUCUAAAAAUAAAGUGACCUUUGAAUUUAUCCAACCUCAUGUCCGUACCCUAGCCAGACAGUUCUACAACCAGGUCCUCGAAAUCUCCAAUCUUCUUCUUCCCCCUCCUCCCCGCCGCUCUCUACUCCGAAUCCUUCCUGCCACCUCUUGGGUCUCUCCACCAGAAGGCUUUUUGAAGAUCAACGUCGACGCAGCUGUUUGUGCCUCCGGGUGUUCGUAUGAGCUUAUUAUCCGUGGGUCAGACGGGCAUGUGAUGUUGGCGUUCGGGUUGCAACAUCAAGGGAUAUUGCUUGGCCCACGAGAUAGUCGAAGGUGACUCCGAAGUGGUCGUCAACCAAGUCCGUCAAGGCGUCUUAGAAGACUCGAUUGGUGGUCCGGUGUUACGAGAGUGUCUUUUGAUCCUUAGCUCUUUGUCUGUUUGUAUAGAGUUUAGGGCGGUACCUAGAUCCGCCUUCAGUGCUGCCCAUAGAGUGGCGCGUAAAGCACUGCUUUUGUCUCGUGUAGAGCUAGAAUCUUUUGAUUUUUGGGGUGGCUUCUUUAGAGUAUUUUAGGGGUCCUGGGUAGAAUUGUAAGCUUAACUAUUAUUUUCCAUUGAUAUCACUCAGAAAUAAUAAAAAAAUAGAUUGCGCGGGAAAGGCUCUCAUUGGUUGUUGAAUAACAGUUUAGCUCAAACCACAAGCAUCGAAUGUUCUUGACAAAUGGUCAAGGGCAAAGUAUUAACCUGCAGCCCAAGUCAUCUCCUGCACAAAAAAGUAAUCCAAAACAACAAAUAGGAACGAACAUAUGCUUUGCACCAGAAGCCAAGAAAUCCAUAGCUAAAGAGUGAACAGAGCGUUAAAAGCAUGCAAAAGCUUCACUGCCACAGAUACUGUAAAGUUGGCCUCAAAUCUUAGCCUACAAAACCCCCAUCAUCAGCUCCAUGCCAUUCUCAAAAUCCUCCUUCUUAGUGCUACUUACCUCCACACCAAAACACACAUAACACCAUACCACUUUGCCAUCAAUGGCAGGAACGAACCCGGGAUCGAAAAUCGGCCGAAACAGGGCGGUUGCCAACAUGCUGGGACUGUCCUGUCUCCUGCUGCUGUCGCUCCAACAAACUACUGCAUUCCAAUUCACCGUCGGUGGCGCCAAAGGUUGGACGGUUCCUGACAAUUCCUCCGCCUUGAACUACAAUUCUUGGGCAGAACACAACCGGUUCUCCACUGGAGACUCCAUCUUGUUCAUGUACAACCCUGAUCGCGACUCCGUGCUGGAAGUGAGCAAGGGCGACUACGACAACUGCACCACGACUUCACCCGUCGGGACAUACUCCGACGGCCACACCCUCUACACUUUCAACCACUCCGGCGCCCACUACUUCAUCAGCGGGAACCGAGACAACUGCCUGAACAACGAGAAGGUCGUCGUGGUUGUUCUGGCCGACAGGAGCAAGAAUGGGACGGCACCUGCUGCUUCCCCGCCAUCUCCUCAGUCACCGUCGCCUGCACCGGCCAUGGAUCAGUCACCUCCUCCCGGGAUAGUUCAGCUCACCCCUGCACAGUCUCCUGAAGGCGAGUCGCCCAACAAUGGAGCUUCGUCUUCCAUGGCUGCUGCAGCAGGGAUCGUCGGUUCAGUCGGAGCUUUCCUGGCCUCAUCCAUCGUGCUCGCAUUCUGAUCAUUGGUUCCACGGACCGAGUUCGCUUUCGUGGUUGAUUAACAUUUAUAACUUCUUGUUUCGCUUUUUCCCCCCACAUUUGUUAUCCUUCUUGUAUCAGAGAUGUUUUUCAUUGUUUGGUGCUUCGGUAUUUGUUUGUCGUGGAGAUGGCAAUAAGGUUAUGAACCAAACUGGUGUGUAUUUCAAGAGCAUGUUUGUAAAGAAAAGGAAAAAUAACUG